GUUAAGGGCUAUAAUGAAAGAGGUUAAUGGUGCUAGAGUAGAAUAUGAAAAUAUGGAACGUAUGAUACAAAAUAAAAUAAUGAAACAAGAUGAAGAAUUGCACAAUUUAGUCGAAGAACUCGAGCUACAAGUUAAUCAAGAAAAAGAACAAUUAAAACAAAAGGAAGAACUAAAGGAAAGAGAACUGAAAGAAGAAUUAAAUAACAAAGUACAGGAAAAAGAAAAAUUGUUAAAUGACCUUGUACAACAAUUUGAAAAAGCUUCUAUCAAAUUAGAAGAACUUCAAAAGAAUCGAAUGAGCAUUGCGCAAGAAAAAGAGAAACUAUUACAAGAAAAAGAAGAUCUAGAACGUAAAUUAGAAGAAUCACAAGAAAUGUUAAAUGAAUGUAAAGAUUAUAUUGAUACACUACAGAAGAAAGCACGUGAAGAACGUCGACGUAGAGCAAAAGCAGCCAUAGAACUUAGUGAAGGGAUAGCAUUAGAACGUGAAACAUUAGUAAGACAACUCGAUAUGUUACGGUAUGUCCGAUUCAGUACCAGCAUCAAUUAAGUUUUUAUGAUUAACAAUACUUUCACGUAUGAUUGUAUAGUCGUAGAGUGGGAUGUGGAUCAUAAUUGUAAAUGCAUUUAGUUACAGUGUAGUGAACAAGAACACGAGUGGGGACAACCAAAUGUAUUUGAGCACGAAAUUACAGAACAUCGCACUAAUAUCUGAGAACAAUACAAUAAAUGCUUAAUUUACAAAAUAUCAAUCCAUCGUCUCAGAUUUCAUUGUUUCUGUAUUCCCAUACCAAUUGCUUUCCGUUACCGUUC